CUCUGCCCCCCUUUCCAGCUUUUCCCUCCACCGUUCAUCUCUCUCUCUCUCUCUCUCCAAUACCUUCCAAGGCAUUCUCCUACCCAUCCCAAGCCUCUAUAUAUAAUUCUCUCUCUCUCUCUCUCUCUCUCUCUCGCCAAAAUGAAAUCGUCCACAGCCAAUUCCUCUCAUCUUCCAAUCCUCCAAUCCCCAUUUCUCCCUCACCAAAACCUAAAAUCCCUUCCUCGUACCCUCCGAUUCCCCGAAUUCCGCUUCCGUAAUCGCCGUCGCCGACGCCUCAAAAUCUCCCUCUCCUUCGACAACUUCCUCCACACCCUCAUCUCCAAUUUCCCACCGUCCAAUCCCCUCGACCUCAUCAUCGGUCCCGCCCUCGGCAUCGUCUCUGCCGCCUCUUACCAAUUCUUCCGCCGCACCAACCGUCGCCGAGUAUCCGAUUCGGAUUCCGACAUUGGCAAGUGGAUCCUUUUCACGAGCCCCACGCCGUUCAACCGCUUCGUCGUCCUCCGCUGCCCGACCAUCUUGUUCGAGGACAGCGAGCUGCUGGAAGGCGUGAAUGAGCGGCUCGUGAGCGAGGACCGGCAUUUUGUGAAUUUGAACAGUGGGAGGAUACCUCCGGGCAUGGCAGUGGAUGGUGAUGCUCUCGAGGGGGCGCUUUCUUAUCAGAGAGUCUGUAUCGGUACGGAUGAUGGAGGGGUUGUAUCUUUGGAUUGGCCGGCGAAUUUGGAUUUGUCGAAGGAGCAUGGGUUGGAUACGACAGUGCUGAUUGUACCAGGAACGACAGAAGGGAGUAUGGACAGGAAUAUACGGCUGUUUGUGUGCAGGGCACUGCAAAAUGGGUGUUUUCCUAUUGUCAUGAAUCCUCGGGGGUGCGCUGGUUCACCGUUGACCACUGCACGGUUAUUUACAGCUGCUGACAGCGAUGAUAUCUGCACAGCUAUACAGUUCAUCAACAGGUCAAGGCCAUGGACAGCAUUGACGGGUAUUGGCUGGGGUUAUGGUGCGAAUAUGCUGACUAAAUACCUUGGUGAAGCGUCUGAGAGAACACCCCUCACUGCUGCUGUUUGCAUAGACAAUCCCUUUGACUUAGAGGAAGCCACAAGGUCAUCCCCUCAUCAUGUUGCAAUGGACCAAAAGCUCACGGGUGGAUUGGUAGAUAUUCUACGAUCUAAUAAGGAGCUCUUUCAGGGUAGAACAAAAGGAUUUAGGGUUGAAGAGGGUUUGUCAGCCGUGUCUGUGCGUGAUUUUGAUAAAGCGAUAUCUAUGAUUUCUUAUGGGUUUGAGGCCAUCGAGGACUUCUACUUGAAAUCUAGCACAAGACAAUUGGUUGGCAGACUGAAGAUUCCUGUUCUCUUCAUACAGCAGAGUGACGAUGGAACAGUACCACUGAUCUCUAUUCCACGCAGCUCAAUAUCAGAAAAUCCAUUUACAAGUCUGCUUUUAUGUUCUUGUUUGCCUGCAAGCACUACUUCAAGGAAGAGGUCUGCCAUCCCAUGGUGCCAACAUCUUGCCAUUGAGUGGCUUUCAGCAGUGGAGCUUGCUCUUUUGAAGGGCCGCCAUCCUCUUCUUAAAGAUGUGGACAUCACCAUCAAUCCGUCAAAAGGUUUAGCUUUGGUUGAAGGCAGAGCACUGGAUGGUUCGAACCGUCCUUUGAAUAAUACUCAGUUGGAAGAUUUAGAUGCAUUUGGUGCCAAUCAGAUCAAUGGUAUGCUUGGAGGAAGAUAUGAUGAGGUUCAAAAUGGAGUCGAUGGCCAUUUUAAAUCAAGAAAAGAUGUACAAGGCAACCUAGAAGGCUUAGAACCACAGAAAGAGAAAAGCACUGAUGAAUUGCAGCAGACGAGCUCAGAUAAUUCUGGCUUAGUCGAAGGAGGAGAUAGUCCAUCAGACAGUGAAAGAAGCCAAUCGAUGCAGACAGCAGAAGUUGUUAUGAAUAUGCUUGAUGUAACUGCUCCUGGUGCACUUGGAGAGGAACAAAAGAGGAAGGUUUUGAUUGCCAUGGAACAAGGGGAAACGUUUGUGAAAGCCUUGCAAGGAGCUGUGCCCGAAGACGUUCGUGGAAAGCUUACAGCUGCUGUAUCUGACAUUGCGCGGACUCAAGGAGCGAACCUAAAUCUUGGACUUUCGAGAAUUAAUUGGAUUCCUAAUGUGAAGAGGGACACUGGUGAGAGAAAGUCUUCACAUGGAGAAAUCUCUCAGGAUAGCAAGGCAGUGUCACAAGAUGGUUUGGACGACCUUAGUUCUGGUGAUAAAUUUUCCAAUGACGCUGGUAACAAUCAAUCUGGUUCUGAAGAAUCUACUACAGGAUCAGGAUCAGAGCUUCAGCCUUUGCAAAAGUCACAAAAAUCUGGUGAUUUAGGUCCUCAACAGGAGAGUAGUUACAUGGGCCAAACAAAUACUUCAGGAGGGAAGGAUUCUGAUGAUGCAGUGGAGAGCUACGGAGGAAGUCAAUUUUCUCAAGAUAAGUCUGUCCAAGCUUCAGGGUCUGUUGAAAGUAUGCCAGAAGGAGUGAAGCCUAACCAUCAAAAUGAGACUGAGAAAGUGAGUGGCAUUGAGAACGUUGGUGAGCAGCAAAGGGUGAAUCAAAGCCAUAGUGUAGCAGACACGCAUGAUGCGGAUGAUCGUACAUUGACAAAGGAGGUCACUAAUAUUCCAAAGAAUGAAGAUGAAGGAGAGUCUACUACUGGCCCUAGCAAGCCGUCUUCUUCUGUUGAUCCUGAGGCAUCAUCUCCUUCUAUUUCGGCCUCUCCAGGGCCCUCGCCGAUGGAAAAAGAAGGGAAUGAUAUUCAGAAUAAUGAAGACAAAAAUGUGCAGGCAAUGAAGCAAAGCUCCUUGACCAAAGCUGAAGAACCAUCUCCACCGCCUUCGGCAUCAUCCACUCCCCCACCAAUCAAUGUUUCUCAAGCAUUAGAUGCCUUAACGGGGUUUGAUGACUCCACCCAAAUGGCAGUUAAUAGUGUGUUUGGAGUUAUAGAAAAUAUGAUUGACCAGUUAGAGAAGGGAAAGGACCAAGAUAGUCUUGGAAAACAAAUUAAAAAUGAGGACGAGGAAUCUGAUAUUUCAUCAGAUGAACCACUUGUCAUGAAUAAAAAUGAGUCUGAAGAAAAAGAAGCUAGCAAGAACGUAUCAUCUGUACAAUCUGAUGUGAUGCGAUCGAAUGAUUUUCUUGGAAGUACCUGCAUUGAGGAAUGCCCAGAGUUACAUCAGGAUGCUGGAAAUAAAUUGGGUGAUUCAAAGCCCACUCAAAAUGAUGAUCCAUCAUUUAUGAACAGCAUUGGUAGGUCUCAACAAAAUAUAGGUGCUGAUCAUUUAGAUUUAGAGGAAAAGAGUAGAAGGCAGGAUGUGAUGAAUCUUGCAUCAUUUAUGAAGGAUUCAAACAAGAUUAGACAUGUACAUAGUUUUCCACUACAUAUAACUAUACACCCUUACAGAGAUUCACUUUACAAUGAAUACCUCCGUAAAUGUAUUCGUUCAAUGAUGCCAAAUACAAAACCAUUAGAUUUAGAUUCAACACAUGAUCUUUUGCUUGAAUACUUUCCAGAAGAUGGCCAAUGGAAACUCUUGGAUCAACUCGAAAGCACUGCAGAAUUCACACAUCAUGCAGAAGCCUGUGAGGGCACUAAUGGAAAGGGACAACCGUUACAAGUUGGUGAUGAGGAGAGAAUUAUAGAACCAUCUUAUGUAAUAUUAGAUAAUGAACUUGAACGACAGAAGACUGAAGAAUAUGAGACCACAGAUAAUUCUGAUAGAAAAGCUGAAUCAGGUGCAGCUAACAUAGAGGGGUUGAUGUACUUAGUUAAGGGUAUUGUACUUCGUGCUCUGAAGGUUGAAGUUGGGCGCAGGCUAGGGAUGCUUGAUAUGGAAACGGUGGAGUCAAAUAUUGCAUAUGAUAUGGAACGUGUUGCAGAUGCGGUGGCCAUGGCAGUGAUAUGUAACAAGGAGUUGGACUGCCCAAUUGCAAUGAAGCUUGGUACGCUUCAGGGGGAGCAUAUUAUUAGUGCCAUAUCAUUAUCUUAUCAAGAAUCCAGCCAUUUGAGGAAAGUUGUGCCGGUUGGUGUGGUUGUAGGUUCUAGCUUAGCAGCUCUUAGGAAACACUUUCAUGUUACGGCGCUUCAUGGUGCCAAGAUUGAAUCCAUCCAAGAUCAAGAUAGAAAUGUGGGGAGUAAAUCUUAUGGUGAAGAAACUGAGGUCGAAAAUGAUCAUCAUGGAUUUGUUGGCAAGAAGGUUCAAUAUCCGGAUGUGGAUAGCUCACCAAGCAGAGGAAUGAGGCAACCUGAGACAACAAUUUUGAAGAAUGAUAAAGUCAUGGUUGGGGCUGUUACAGCUGCCCUGGGUGCAUCUGCUUUACUGGCACACCAUACGAGCAAAGACCUUGACAAAUACAAUGGAACUACUGAGGUUCCAUCUGGUGCUAUCAAUGUCAAAAGAGAACUGCAAAAGGAGGUUGACAAGCUCGAGGAGCGAAUGCAGGAAAGGAACCAGAAUAACAUUGUAACUAGCCUUGCUGAGAAAGCCAUGUCUGUUGCUGCUCCAGUUGUACCUACCAGGAGUGAUGGGGAGGUGGAUCUGGAAAGGCUGGUUGCUAUGCUCUCGGACUUGGGACAGAAGGGUGGAAUCUUGAGACUGGUUGGCAAAAUGGCUUUACUUUGGGGUGGUAUACGUGGUGCUUUGAGUUUGGUUGAAAGGCUCAUCUCGUUCUUGCAUAUUGCUGAGCGUCCUUUGUUUCAGAGGAUUCUUGGGUUUGUCUUCAUGGUGCUGGUGCUAUGGUCACCGGUAGUUGUUCCAUUUCUCCCAACACUUGUGCAGAACUGGGUGGCACAGAGUUCCACUGGAAUUGCAGGAUAUGCUUGCAUAAUAGGCCUCUAUACUGCCGUUACAGUACUUAUUAUGUUAUGGGGCAAAAGAAUUCGAGGAUAUGAAAAUCCACUGGAACAAUAUGGACUGGGUCUAACAUCAUCAAAGCUUAAUGAUCUUCUCAAGGGUUUGAUGGGAGGCAUCAUACUUGUCUUAUCCAUACAUUUGGUGAAUGCAGCACUUGGCUGUGCAUACCCUGUGUGGUCUUCAGGGAUCCCUUCAUCUAGAGCAGGGACUAUCACGUGGCUCAAAGGAUUUGGAGGAAUGCUACUAGUGGCUGCUCGUGGAAUCGUGCCAGCAGUUGGCGUUUCCAUCGUUGAAGAAUUGCUGUUCAGGUCAUGGUUGCCUGAAGAAAUAGCUGUGGACCUUGGGUAUCACCGUGCGAUUAUAAUUUCUGGGCUCUCAUUUUCUCUGCUUCAGAGGUCCCUGUCUGCCGCACCGGGCUUAUGGUUGUUGUCUUUAGCUCUGACCGGGGCUAAACAAAGAGGUGGUGGUAAUCUCUCGGUUCCAAUUGGAAUGCGUGCAGGGACAAUGAUUGCAAACUUCAUCCUACAAACGGGCAGCUUCUUGAGGUACCGGUCCAAUGCACCUUUCUGGGUUACUGGCAUCCAUCCAUGGCAACCAUUUGGUGGAGUUGUUGGUUUGACCUUUUGCAUUACGUUGGCCAUACUACUUUAUCCGCGGCAAUCUCCUCAAAGGAAGUAAAUUUCGGGGCUCAUCAAAGGCAAUGCCUGGUUCUGGUAAAUCGAUCCCUUCUUUCGAUUGAUUUGUGCAAGAACAAAUCUUUCGGUGCACCAAAGUGGAAUGGAAUCCUGCAUCGGUACUGGUUGAAAAGGUGUGCCAUUCAAGUGUUUCAGAUGUGGGGAUGCAGGUUUUAGUUAGUAUGCAGCUCAGCGGUCUUCCUUCUGGGGUCAGUUGGAUGGUGUUUUGGGUCUCUACCUUGCGGUUAUUGCUUCGUUCCCAAUUGGAGAAUGAAAAGGAAUGUGUACUUCUAUUGCGGCUCAAGCAUUUGGCCUCAAGCCAAGUGAUGGUGUUGAAAAUUCACAUGAAAUGCGUUGAUUUCAGUGUAUAGUGUCAAAGUUCAGAUGCUGUUAAGUGCAUACUUGGACGCGGAUUGCCUGCAAUUGGGGACUAAUGUAAAAGCGCCAUGUGCGCUGUUUGAUGUGGGUCCUACGGUGAAAAGCAAAGACUCUUGUGUGAAAUGGAACAUUUUUGCGUUUUUCACAAUCGGCCUGCAUUUGACAUACGCACAUGGUGCUUUUUCAUUGGGCCACGUCCUUACUUGCAGGCAAUCCAUGGCCUACAUGAUUUUUACAUGAGAGAUUUGAAAUUCUCCAGUAAUGAUCGUCUGGUCUGGUAUUUUCAAUGAGGCAAACAUUUACUUAUGCCAGGUUAUGUUGAGCCUUUAUUUAGAGCCUGGCAUGGGGAAGGUGGGGGUUCCUUGGGUACCCACAGAUGGAUGAUUGUGCUGUUGGCAUUUCUUUGGUCAGUUUGGUUCGAAAGAAAUAACCGGACCUGUAGAAAUGAGAAGCAUCCAGCCUUGAGAGUUCUUAGACGGCCUUUCUUUGUAUUUCUGAGUGGGUUUCUUUGAGAACCGUGUAGUGGUUUGGGGUUGUUUUUUCUUCUUCUUUGUAGGGCUGGCCUUGUGUCUUUAGUGGGUUGGGUACAGGGUGGGGUUUGUAUAAUUUUUUCUUUUCUGUCUGCAGCCUUGAUAAAGUUUUUUUCAUCUCUCUAGAUAAAUUUCUUGAGAGGAACUGUAAUAUAGAGGAUUAAAAAGGGUGCUUGUUUGUUUGUUUAAUUAA